AAAUAUCUCGAGAACAUGUAAUUUCGUUUAAAAAAAUAAGAUACUUCAAUUAGAUAAUCUGUGCCAGAAAUAGUCCCUUCAACAAUCAAGCACUGACUGACUGGAUACAAACUUUUUUGAUGUUUAUUUCCCAACUUUGCAAUAGUCACGCUGUAGUUUCAAACGGAGUCAGGGAAUAUGGUUAACAUUUUCUUUUUCACAUAUUUAUCCAUUUUUGUGACACAUAACAUCUAAUACAAUUUGCUGUUAUAUAGAAAUAUAUAGACUCCUACGUAAUAUGAUUUUAAUGACUCUAAAAAGUGUUAGAAAGUACUAAACCUUACUAUCAUUUUAUUGGUGUCAUGAAGUUGUUGCUUCCGGCAACACCGGUCGUUUGAAUGGAAAAGACUGGAAAAUGAGAUGAGAAAUUUGUUGAUGAAAUUGACGUUUGUCAAAGAAAAUGUGUGCAUAACUUGGGUUAAAUCGCUGAAAGAAAAGUGGUGUAGCCAUUGUAUUUCAUAGCAAUUAGAAUGGACAUUAGUUUAUUUGUAGUGGACUGGUAGUGCUAGUGGUUUUACCAUGAACUUUAAAUAGAAAAUCUUCAAUUAACUGAUAAAGUUAAUGAUCAUAAAAUGUUAUGGAACUAUAUCAGAAAAGUGUCCAAGUGAUAAAAAAUUAUGAAAAAUGUCGCGGCGUAUGAAUAUGAUUGGAAUAUGUGCCGUCAGCAGUAUUUGUGCCCUAUUGUUGAUAGCUAGUCAGCACCGGAUUCCGCUUCCGGAUUCCGCUGGCUAUUCAACACAGGUUGUUAAUGAAACAGCUACAAUCGGCGAUAUUUUGACCCUGCAACGUGCCCGCAUUGCAAGGGAGAUGGAGAAUUUCGACUAUCCUUGUGGCCGUUUUGGGGUCGACGCAGAAAAGUUGUCUGACAUGACACCUGAGACUGGUGGCAAGCCCGUUCGAAGUGUUAUCAUUACCACCUGGCGGUCAGGAUCCACAUUUCUUGGAGAUAUUUUGAAUGCAAUGCCAGGAAAUUACUAUCACUAUGAGCCGCUUUUGAAUUUCGAUAUUGUGCAAAUCCGUGGGCCGCCCAUGCAAGAUGUUGCAGUAUUAAAUUUGAAAAAUCUUUUGAACUGUAACUAUACAGAUAUGCAUGAUUAUCUGGCGUACGGCAAAGAUCAUCCGUAUUUAUUUCAACAUAAUGUACGAUUAUGGAAUCAAUGCAGCUCAUAUCCUCAAUACUGUUGGCAACCAAGAUUUCUGGAACCAUUCUGCCGCCUCUUUCCUCUACAGAGUAUGAAAGUCGUACGUAUUCGGUUAGCGCUUACUGAAAGCCUACUUAAAGAUGAAAGUUUGAAUGUUCGUAUAAUACUUCUCAUUCGGGAUCCACGUGGCACUAUGCAGUCGAGAAAGCAUAGAUUAUGGUGUCCUGGAAAUCCUGAUUGCGAUGAAGAAUCCAGGUUAUGUGCAGAUUUAGAAGCCGAUUACAAAGCUGCGCAGCAAUUCACUAAGAAAUAUGCUUCGAGAUUCAAAGUAGUACGCUACGAAGAUCUCUCGCUAAGUCCUUAUGAUUUAACUCAAGAAAUUCUUCAAUUUUUGGGUUUACCAUUCGAUUCGAUGGUUGAAGAAUUUUUGGAUACUCAUACGAAGAUAGACAUAGGCGGCGUGAGUUCAACUUUCCGAGAUUCGAAAGCAACACCAUUUCAUUGGAAAAGGGAUCUAUCCUGGGAUGAAAUCGAAUCAAUACAAGGCGUAUGCACAAAGGCCAUGGAGGCUUGGGGAUAUAAAAAAUUUAAUUUCUCGAGUGAUUUGCUAAAUUUUGAGCCACUUCUAGCAGCCCCGUUUACAUGAAAAUGAUAGGCAUUUCUACUAAUUCAGGCUAGUUGGAUGAUUUUAUUAGAACGAUAAGCGAAAAGAGUUUCUAAAAUGACAUAUAAUAAUAAGUAAUUCUGAUUUGAAAGAAAGAAUUACUUGAUUUCCGAGGUAGGUUAGUGUAGGUAGUUAUGUGUAAUAAUGCUGCACGUGCCUAAAUUUUGCUGUUUCGCGUGAAUGUAUGUAUGAACUUUUGUAUAAUAUGAACUAUAGUGAGAAGCAAUUGUUGAUUUUUUUGUUAAGAGAUUUUAUUCUACGGAAACAUAUAUAAUGUCACUGUCGUGCUACUUAGUGGUUAGUAAAUAUAGGUAUUAAGUGAUAAACAAAGAUAAUCUUGCAAUUUGUUUAAUUAUUUUUUCGAAAGGAGGCAAAGUUAAGUCAGUACAAAUAUAAAUUGAAAACAGA